AUGGCAUGUGCUUUAAUCUCUAUAGUAGUUGUUAUUGGAAUUUUGCUUGUUGCUGCUGAGUUCUUUGUUUUCCAUCGAUCCUCUAAGUGGAAAUCUCAAAUGGAUGGCUGGAGCUCUGUGUUUUUCUAUCCUCUUAGAAUAAUUGAGCAUGAUCUGGUUAUGGCAAUGGAUGAGAAAAGUGUUGUAGGAAGCGAUGGAGCAUUUGGCAGAGUAUAUACUAUAAGUUUACCAAGUGGAGAACUGGUUGCUAUAAAGAAGCUAGUCAAUAUUGGGAGCCAAACUUCGAAAGCACUGAAGGCUAAGGUCAAGACAUUAGCCAAGAUCAGGCAUAAGAGCAGAAUUAAAGUUCUUGGAUUUUGCCAUUCAGAUGAAUCAGUUUUUCGAAUUUAUGAGUACUUGCAAAAGGGAAGCUUGGGGGAUAUGAUUGGAGGAACAGAUUGGCAGUUACAAUGGAGUGUUAGAGUGAGGAUUGCCAUUGGGGUUGCUCAAGGAUUGGCAUAUCUUCACAAGGAUUAUGUUCGACAUUUACUUCACAGAAAUGUCAAGUCAAAAAAUGUUCUUUUGGAUACAGAUUUUGAACCAAAGCUCACUGAUUUUGCUCUCGAUCGACUCAUGGGAGAAGCUGCAUUUCGGUCAAUAAUUGCUUUAGAAUCUGCAGAUUCUUGUUACAGUGCUCCUGGUACACUUCUUUCCUUCUUAGUCAGCCACUUACAUAUGAAUCCUAAUCAUUUGUUGGAUUCUUAUUUGUUUCCUGUGGACUACUUUUAA